UUCUUCAUGACCAUUCCUUUCUUGUAGUCCUCCGUACUCUCUCCUUUGCUAUAGUCUCCGUCCGGUCAAUUAUAUCGUCUCUCUCCCCUUUUCAGUUUCGUUGGGGAAGAGACGUAUAUCUCUGCCUUCUUCGGUUGUUGGUGUCAGAUUCUUUGCUCCCUCAUUUCUCUCCCGAUCCCCUGUUUCCUUCCUCAUCCCAUCUCUGUUUCCUUACAUUUUCCCCUGCCGGACUUUCUCCUUUUUCUUUCUAGCGCGGAUCGGGAAACCAUUGCAUUAGCGCAUUUCUUGAACCAACAACACCCGCCUCAGCCAGCAUCGGAUUGAAUUUUGAUUGACAGCGGUUGAAUUUGUUUUUUCUCCCUUGGGGGUUUUCUUUUCUUCCUCCCUUUUGCCCUUGGCGUUCGUCGGAGAUCCCGAUAACCAAUCAAUGGGGAGGAGCAGCAGAUCGUCGGCUUCUUCGUCGUUGUCUUCCUCGAAAUGGAGGUACUGCAACCCUGCUUAUUACCUGAAGCGCCCCAAGCGAUUGGCUCUUCUCUUCUUCGUGUUUGUUUGCGCCAGUUUUCUGGUUUGGGAUCGCCAGACUCUCGUCCGGGAACACGAGGUGGAAGUUGAUAAGUUAAGUGAAGAAGUGAACCAAUUAAAAUUGAUGCUGGAAGAGUUAAAGAGUACUCAUGGGGAUGAAGACAGUUCCGUGAGUGGGAAAUCCAAACUCACCUCGAAGGUUCUUCCUGAUGACCCUGUUGAUAUUCAUAGAAGAGAGAAAGUGAAAGACGCCAUGAUUCAUGCUUGGAGUUCGUAUGAAAAAUAUGCAUGGGGUCAUGAUGAACUUCAGCCGCAGACGAAGGAUGGUGUCGACAGCUUUGGUGGCCUUGGAGCAACACUAAUAGAUUCUCUUGAUACAUUAUAUAUAAUGGGUCUGGAUGAGCAGUUCCAAAGAGCUAGAGAGUGGGUUGCAACCUCGUUGGAUUUCAAUAAGGAUUACGAUGCUAGUGUAUUUGAGACAACCAUAAGGUUGCAUUAUCAGGUUUAUUGUGUAGUUACUUUUAUUUCGACAGCUAGUGUGCUAGUCGUAGGUGGCCUACUGAGUGCUUAUGACCUUUCUGGGGACAAAGUUUUCCUUGAUAAGGCUAAGGACAUUGCUGAUAGAUUGCUGCCUGCAUGGGAUACACCUACUGGCAUACCUUACAACAUUAUCAACUUGGAAAAUGGAAAUCCCCAUAACCCUGGUUGGACUGGUGGAUCCAGUAUUCUUGCAGAUUCUGGUACAGAGCAGCUUGAGUUUUUUGCUCUCUCUCAAAGGACAGGAGACCAGAAGUAUCAUCAAAAGGCUGAAAGGGUUAUCCUGGAGCUGAAUAAAACUUUUCCUGCUGAUGGCCUUCUUCCAAUCUAUAUAAGUCCUGAUUCGGGAACUGGUUCAAGCUCCACAAUAACUUUUGGUGCAAUGGGUGAUAGCUUUUAUGAAUACCUGCUUAAAGUGUGGAUUCAAGGAAAUAAAACUGGAGCUGUGAAACUUUACAGAGAUAUGUGGGAGAAAUCAAUGAAGGGUCUAGUUAGCUUAGUUAGGCGAAGUACACCUUCAUCUUUUACAUACAUUUGUGAGAAAAGUGGUGACUGGUUGACAGACAAGAUGGAUGAAUUAGCUUGCUUUGCUCCAGGAAUGCUGGCUUUGGGAUCAGCUGGUUAUGAACCUGCUGAAUCUGAGAGAAUUCUCUCGCUUGCGGAAGAGCUUGCUUGGACAUGUUACAAUUUCUAUCAAUCAACACCAACAAAAUUGGCUGGAGAAAACUACUUCUUCCGAUCUGGAGAGGAUAUGAGCGUUGGCACAUCAUGGAACAUACUGAGGCCGGAAACUGUGGAAUCACUCUUUUACCUCUGGCGUUUAACGGGCAACAAGACAUAUCAGGAGUGGGGUUGGAACAUAUUCCAAGCGUUUGAAAAGAACUCACGCGUUGAGGGUGGUUAUGUUGGACUGAAGGAUGUGAAUACCGGCAUCAAAGACAACAUGAUGCAAAGCUUCUUCCUUGCCGAGACACUCAAGUACCUGUACCUUCUUUUCUCACCUACUUCCGUCAUCUCACUAGACGAAUGGGUCUUCAACACCGAAGCUCACCCGUUGAGAAUUGUGAAGCAUCAAGAUGGACAGAUGAAUGCACAGACAGACGACAAAAUAACCAGGUCGAGGGGCAGGAAAGAAGGGCAAUGGUGAUCAGCAGUCGACGGGUAAACAUUUCUUUCCCCAACCGGCUGCUCUGUCUACAGUUUGAUUGAACCCAUUAGAUUCUUUUCCACGGCAGCAGUUGCGCUGGAUGAUGAGCUGGAUGUGGUCAGUGAACUAAUUACUUAUUACACAGUAGGGUUCAGAAAUUGAAAUGGGCGACAUGGUUGUGGGAUUGCAGGGCAAGCUAGCUCACAUUUGGGGAACUUCCAGAGGAUGGGAAGUUUUCCUCUAUUUCUAGGCCGUUUAGGUUUAGAGCUGUUGUAUACUUGAUGGCUAAAAAAGGGUCGAUUGGAAGCUAUGGACUUACCAUGUAAAAUACCAUAUAGGAAAGUAGUUUUUAGCUCCUGAGUUUUCUCCUUUUGCUAAAAAUCUUCGCCUGGAAGAUGAGACUAUUAAUAUAUUUUUGACAAUUGAUCAUAGAGCGGAAAAUGGAAUUUGUUUUUUGCCAACAUGCAUUAUGAUUUAUUUAUGCACAAAUGAAAACUUCAGUAUGAGUU